GCGCAUGCCCGGGAGCACGGGCAGGGUUCCCACUCCAGGAAGGAAGGCGGAGAGUAGGUUAUGCGGGUGCCGGCGGGGGCAUUUGCCGGCGACACCCGAGCGGGAGCCGGAAGUGGGGCAGCUGAAGAGUCGCGCUACAGGAGCUCGGGGCUAGACCGUGGCGACGGCAGCGGCCCCUCAGCGAGAGGAGGACGAUGAGGAGCGACGGAGGCGGCGCAGGGGGACGCUGCUGCGCGGCGCCCGGUUUCGUGCCCGCGGCCGACUGCGCAGCCUGCCAGCAAGUCUGAGGUACUUACAGAAAGCUACAAUGGAAAAGUCCUGGAUGCUGUGGGCCUUUGUGGAAAGAUGGCUGAUAGCUUUGGUGUCAUGGUCUUGGGCUCUCUGCCGUAUUUCUCUUCUACCUUUGAUAGUGACUUUUCAUCUGUAUGGAGGCAUUAUCUUACUUUUGUUAAUAUUCAUAUCAAUAGCAGGUAUUCUGUAUAAAUUCCAGGAUGUAUUGCUUUAUUUUCCUGAACAGCCAUCCUCUUCGCGCCUUUAUGUCCCCACGCCCACUGGCAUUCCACAUGAAAACAUUUUCAUCAGAACCAAAGAUGGAGUACGUCUAAAUCUUAUUUUGAUACGAUACACUGGAGACAAUUCACCCUAUUCCCCAACUAUAAUUUAUUUUCAUGGGAAUGCGGGCAACAUAGGACACAGGUUACCAAAUGCAUUGCUUAUGUUGGUUAACCUCAAAGUUAACCUGUUGCUAGUUGAUUAUCGAGGAUAUGGAAAAAGUGAAGGAGAAGCAAGUGAAGAAGGACUCUACUUAGAUUCCGAAGCUGUGUUAGACUAUGUGAUGACUAGACCUGACCUUGAUAAGACAAAAAUUUUUCUGUUUGGUCGUUCCUUGGGAGGAGCAGUGGCUAUUCAUCUGGCUUCUGAAAAUUCACAUAGGAUUUCAGCCAUUAUGGUGGAAAACACAUUUUUAAGCAUACCGCAUAUGGCCAGCACUUUAUUUUCAUUCUUUCCAAUGCGUUACCUUCCUUUAUGGUGCUACAAAAAUAAAUUUUUGUCCUACAGAAAAAUCUCUCAGUGCAGAAUGCCUUCUCUUUUCAUCUCUGGACUCUCAGACCAAUUAAUUCCACCAGUAAUGAUGAAGCAACUUUAUGAACUCUCUCCGUCUCGGACUAAGAGAUUAGCCAUUUUUCCAGAUGGGACUCACAAUGAUACGUGGCAGUGCCAAGGCUAUUUCACUGCACUUGAACAGUUCAUCAAAGAAGUAAUAAAGAGUCAUUCUCCUGAAGAAAUGGCAAAAACGUCAUCUAAUGUAACAAUUAUAUAAUGUUUCCCUUUUUGAUUAAUGCAUUCUAUUUUAAUUUGUGCAAAAUGAUAAAGAAUGUUUCUUUUAGAAGUGUGUUGUGUCUGUACUUGUCUGAAGAGUGACAUUAAACUUUGAAAGGACUUCCGUGCUCCUUUAUGACGAUCCGAAUAGUUUUUUACAUUUGAAGAACUAUAAUUCUUGGGAUUAUUUCAUACAUUUUCAUCGAAACUUUCAAUGUGGUUAUGUAUUCGUAUCUUUAGUUUAAUAUGUCAAUAUAAUAGAGAUUAUCAAAAGUUUCCUGUUGUUAAAGUGAUACAAUCUGUGUUACGCAGAUUAAUAGUUGAGUGUGGAAGGAGAUAUGUAAACAAGAAACCUUUGGGUAUUGUUUCUUAAGUAAAUAUUGGGACAAUCAUGGUAAACAAACUUAGUUCUGUAACUGCAUUUUUAAACUUACAGUUAAAAUGAAAUGCAUGAUGGUAUUUUAUUCCUUAAAUUAUGCAAUGCAGCAUUUUAAAUGUAAAUAGCACUGGUCAUAUACUGGUGUAUAUGAUUACCUGAGUUAUUUCUAUUUUUAUGUAAACUCUUACUUUGCUUUUGGUGAGAAGUGAAAUUGAGGCCUAUGUGCAGGUUGCCCUUAAGUUUUGCUCUGGAGAAUGCUGAGAUCUAGCUUUUUCUUACAAAUAAAUGCGACCCUGUUUUC